AACGAAGAAGGCCCUUGAACGGAAGCGAGGGCGGGUGAGCAGGCGGCUUUGCGGGCGCUUGAGGCCACUGCCAUGUACCGUCCCGGUAGCGGCCCCUCGGCCAUGGAAGUUCAGCGGUCCAAGGAGAGUUCCCGGCUCGGCGCCUGCCCCGUCGACUCCCCUCGCGGCGGUGGCCGGCGACGCUCCCGCUCGCCUUCUUUGUGGGGCCGCCGCCACCACCACUCCCCACUCAGCCGUCGCUCUUCUCAUCGUUCUCGUCGCUCGCCUUCCCCGCGCCGCUUCAGUAGGAGAUAUUCACUGGACCAGCCCUCAUAUUCUCUAAGGCGGCACUCGCGUUCUCCAGGCCAACGUUCUGAAUCUUCAGUGGAAAAAUAUUUGCGGAUCUUAGUUGAAAAUGACCAGUAUAGAAUUGGCACACCUGAGAGAAAGUUAUUAUCUGAUAGACUACGCUCACCAGCUGAUAGCCUGAGCGAUGUGGACAGGAAUGACUUGGCUGAUGGUCCAAUAUUUAGCAGAGUCCUUUCACAUCCUUGGAACCUUGAGAGAGGUUUCUCUCGUGAGGAGAAUCCUUCAAGUCCAUUCAGCAUGAGACAUGAUGGGAACUAUCACAGUAGGGAUAUUUUCAUAUCUAAACUGGACCGUAGCAUAAACAAUGAACAUCUACAGGAACAAUCAAGAGAAAGUGAUAGGGAUGGGGAGCGAAAAUCGAAAUGCUUUCAAUAUGACAGACUGUUUGAUGAAAGCAUAAAACCCCAGGAUUUAUUGAGAGAAACACAGAAGUGUUGUAAACAAAGUCUUAAUAGCAGCCCAAGCCUGAUGUACUUGGAUGAAGAUUUUUGUAAACUUGAAAGAAUUAGGAGAAAAAGAGAAGAGGAUGAGCUAAGCAGAAACAUUAGUACUGACUACCCAGUGCUUGAUUCAGCUAAUCCAGAACAGUCUUCUGAAUCUCGAUACUGUUAUACAUCUGAGAAAACCCCAGCAAUGCCCACAAAAUCUAUACUGAAGAAACGUUUGGAUGAUUCUUCUAUACAGGAAUCUGGGAAUUUUUUAAAGGAGAAGGCGCCUCAUGAGUCAACAUUAGAGUCUAUCAACCAACAUGGUGACUUCCUGCUGCCUCAUGAAAGAGCCAGUCAGGACAGAAGUGACUUUUCACGCAUUCUAGGUACGAUGACUGAUUCUACUUACGCUCAAGAAAAAAGACUGUACCCCUUCCCUGAUAACAUAGAGGAUGAAGAUAAAUUUCUUUAUGGUGAUGAUGGUGGUGAUUCAAACAACUGUCUCUACUCUCAAAAGCUAAUGCUGAGUGAAAAGAAAAAACUUGGAAGUGAGAAAGUAAAUUCUCCACCUCCUGCAAGUCUAUCUGUAAAACCAGAUACUUUGGAAGAGUCCAGACCAGAAUAUGAGAAGAUCCGUGACUUGCUUAAAACUAUUGGGCUUGACAUUGGAGUGGCUGAAAUAGGUAAGCUUGCUGCCCGCACAGAGGAAAGACUCCACGGGAAAAAAACAACUUAUUCUCCUGAUCAUCAUUCAGUGGCAAUUCAUAAAGCAGAAUCUUUGGAGAGGCACUGCAGCCUAAGUGGUGUUCUUUCUCCAGAAUCUAGGCAGAAACAUUCUCUAUCACCAUCUGGUUCUUUUCCAUCAUCUAAAGUUGUGUCUCCUGUUUUAAAAUCUGAGUACAAUAACAUCAGUGUUUUACGGCAAAACAAUCCUACUGGCAUGUCAGAGCAAUCUGGUGUUCCAGGAUUUUUAAUCCCAUCAGUUCCACCUUCUUUUCUUGAUAUUCCUCCUGGGCCCACCUCUGAUUCCUGGCAUGAUGUUCCAUACUUCUCUACAUUCACUCCAACUCAGUUGGCUCCAGACUGUGCUUCUCUCCCAGUAGCCUCACCUGGGUGUAAUGUAUACCAGCACUGUAUGGGUUAUCCAACUUCGGACUGGCGUGCCCAGCAAGUGAACCCUGUAUGUUCAAAGAAACCUGGGCUUGUCAAACUACAACGCAAACGUACAAAACCAAACCUCAGAAUCAUUCAUACAGUUUCCGUUAGCAAAAAGACUUGCAAUAUCAAGAAAAAUGAAGCUGUUUCUACCACUGCUCUUUACUCCCAUCUGCUCCCUCAGUUAUCCCAGCCUUCUCUAAAAGAUUCCAAAAGAAGAAUAGCUGAUGAAAGAAAUCGAACUUCUCAGAAACAAAAGGUAAUAGAGGAAAGAGAGAAAUUGAAGCUUGAACAAGAAUUACAACAGAAGAAACUCUAUUAUCAGAGGAUUGAAUUAAAUAGGCUUUCAAAACAGCAAGUGGAGAUGCUGCAGAAGAAACGAAAAGAGGAAGACCCUUUGCUUGUGGAACUGACCCGACUGAAAGAAAAUAUUGCAAAAGAGGUCGCUCAGCUGGAGAUGAAUGUUAAAGCUGUGAAGGAGAAACAAUCUGAACUUGAUAAAGUAGCUCACAUCCUGGGGAUGAAUGUUAUCGAAAAAUCUGGGAAAUUAUCUUCAGAAAAUAAAGACUGUUCAGAAAACAACCUGUGAGAAAAUCCUAAAAUUGAAGAGAGAACUUUUAACUCAAUCAAGUCAUAAGGAAGUGAUUGUUUACCCAGAGAAGGGACAGAAUACAGCAGAAGGAAAGACCUGAAGAUUCCACCUUACCUGACUUGACUCUAGCUUUUAGAAGCUGUGGUAAGAUUCUGAGAUGAAGACUAAAAUCCUUGAGAAUACUUUUGUUCUGUCAUGAUUUCAAGCACAAUAUUUUAUUCAGAUUUGUUUUAUGUUUCAAGAAAAGUAAAAAAAAAAUAAGAAAUUUUGUCUCUUGGCUCUUUAAAUGUCAGUAUGAUAUAUCUUAUCAAUGGCAUCUCCUCAAAGAAGGUAAUACAGUUCUACAUUUACUGAAUAGCUGAAACUGGAGGUUAUCUGAAAGAUUAUCACAACCUAAUUUUUAGGCUGCAGCUGUUGGAGACAUUUGAUUCAUUUUUGUUGAUGGGUUGCCACAACUUUCAAAACUUUUAAGAAAAGGAUUUAUGUGUAUAAAAGAUGAUAACAGGAAGUUUAAAGCACUUUUGUUGUCAUAAGAAAGUAACAGGAUCACUCAAAUUUCUUCACUGGGCAGUGUCACCCUAUGAUGCUUCCUGUUAUCCAUAUUAUUCCAUUUUAAAAGAAUAUAUUUGGAUGCCACAUUCUUCUGUGAAUGCAUUGUAUGGCAUCACAGUCUCAGAAGGAAGUCACAGUGCCAUACUCAUUUUCCUCUGGCCAGAAAAAGUGUUUUUAAAAAAACAUUUCCUGCACACACUUUAAUAAGUCAAACAUAUCUUCCCUGUUUUUCAGCAUUCCAUUAGUUAUGGCUCUGUUGAAAGUUCAUCAGAACUUUAAGCUCAGCUCUAACUAAAUAUUUAACCUUCCUCUAGUAAGCAUUUAAAAUAUUUGGGCAUUUGGAAAACAAAACAUGUUUUGGUGAGAAGACAGCUUUUGUUUUUACACUACUUCCUUGAAUAUAAUGUAAAGACGAAAG